AUGGCCGCCGUCCAUGGACCAUUGCUCUGGCUAGCGCCAUUGCUGUGCGCCGCAGCAGCCAUUCCUAGCGUGCGCCUCAACAAUGGCGUCGAGAUGCCGAUCAUCAGCGCGGGCACCGCCGGCUACAACGAUUCGCAGGCGGCGCUCGCCGUGCGGGCCGCGCUGGCAGGGAAUGUGACGGCCAUCCAUACGGCUUUCGACUAUUUCAACCUCGCCGGCGUCGCGAAGGGCCUCGAGGCGCGCCCGCGCCGCGAGAUCUUCCUCGCGUCCAUGACUUCGCCGUGCGUCCACGAUUCGCCGCCCGCGCGGAACGUCACCGACGCGGGCGCGUGCGAGGCGCUCACGACGCGCGAGCUCGAGAGCGUCUUGACGUCGCUGAACACGACGUAUUUGGACCUCGUCAUGCUCCACGGGCCCUCGGAGCCCUUCGGCUACGAGGGCGCGUGCUCCGAGGCCGUCUGCAAGCUCAACUCGGCGCAGUGGGCGGCCUACGAAAAGUUCAUGAGGGCCGGCAAGGCGCGGGCCGUCGGCGUGAGCAACUACUGCCAGUCGUGCCUCGAAUGCCUCUCCGGGACGACGCCGGCGGUGAACCAGCUCCAGUACCACGUCGGCUCGGGCGCGGACCCGGAGGCGCUCCUCUCCUUCAACCGGGCGUGGGGGGUGAACGUGCAGGCCUACUCGCCGCUCGCCUCGGGCGCCGUCGUGCGCGACGCGGACGUGGCGAAAAUCGCCGCGAAGGUCGGCAAAUCGGCGGCGCAGGUCGCGCUCCGCUACGUGCUCCAGAACGGCGCGAAGCCGAGCGUCGUCGUCAAGGCGUCGAAGCCGGCGUACCUCGCCGAGGACCUCGACGUCUUCGACUUCGAGCUCUCCGCGGCGGACGUGGCGACGCUCGACGCGAAGACGACGCCGGCCGGCCAGCAGGACGGGCGGCCGUCCUGGGGCUGCGCGGCCUAG